AUCCAAACUGUCUUGCAAACAAAUAAGGAAAUGUCCACUGGUCGCCAAAAGGAUACGGCAACUUUCAGAGGAUAAAGUUACAGUUAGAGGGUCACAAGGUCAUGCUGGAACUGUCCCAAUGUCCAUGCGCCAGGAUCCUAUGACUGCUGCUGCGGAACAAAUUGUAGUCUUGGAAAAGCUCUGUAAACAUCCUGAGGAAUACCUCUCUUAUGAUGGUCAUUGCACUGAUUCAACAGUGAAAUCACUGUCAAGCUCACUUGUGUGUACUGUUGGAGAGAUAUCUACAUGGCCAAGUGCCAGUAAUGUCAUUCCAGGCCAGGUUACGUAUACGGUUGAUAUACGAGCAAUUGAUGACCUCGGACGCGAAGCUGUUAUCUAUGAUUUAUCCAAUCAAAUCUAUCAAAUAUGUGACAAGCGUUCAGUUUCCUGCAUUAUUGAACACAAGCAUGAUGCAGGUGCUGUGAUGUGUGAUUCUGAGUUGAGUUCACAACUCAAAUCUGCAGCUUAUUCUGCACUAAAGAAGAUAGAGGGUGACAUUCAGGAUGAUGUGCCAACAUUAAUGAGUGGAGCAGGGCAUGAUGCAAUGGCAAUAUCUCACUUAACAAAGGUUGGAAUGCUGUUUGUGCGUUGUCGUGGUGGCAUAAGUCACUCUCCACAAGAACAUGUGCUAGAUAAUGAUGUUUGGACAGCUGGUUUAGCAACCUUAUCAUUUCUGGAAAACCUAUGAGAAGAGGUGAUAACUGUGUAAAGUAAUAAAUAGAUGUUAUAGCCUGUAAUUAUAGGUUAAUUUAUUGAGUUAAUUCAUGAGUUAACUCUUUCUUUAGUUGCUUGUGUCUUCUUAUAGUUGUGUAAUUGAAUUUUUGGUUUUAGUUAUCCUGAUAUCAGGAAACGGCCCAAAGUUGUUGUGCAUGUUCUUUGCCAUUGUCAGAUUAAACCUUAUGACUUAUUUUAUUUUUCAGUUUAAUAGGUAUAUAUUGUACGUGUAAAACUCAUUUUAGGAUAUCAUCCAUGCUAUGAUAAAAUUCAACAAACUUAUCAUACAUGAUAGUUUGUUAUUGAAUAA